UAGAAAUAGUCGGUUCUCGCACACGUGUUUUACGUUUGAAAUACACAUAUGUUUUCAAUCAUCAUCAACAUCAUCAACAUUGAUUGAUCAAAAUGAGAUUUUCUUACAAGUUCAACAAUGUUCUCGGUUCAGUCUACGAUCACGGCAAUCUACAGUUUUUUCCGGAUGGCAACUGUUUACUCAGUCCUUGCGGCAAUAAACUUAUCGUUUACGAUCUGAAAAAUGGUAAAUGUCAAGCGUUGCCAUUCGAAAUCCAAUUCAACAUUUGCCACAUAGCUCUCAGUCCAGACGCUUCGAUUCUGUUGAUAGUGACGGAAAAUCAGGUGAUGAUUGCAUCAUUGCUAGGCAAUGUCAUACUACAUCGAAAAGAUUUCAAACACAUCGGUGACCGAAUCAAUGAUGUGCAAUUCUCUCCGGAUGGUAAAUAUUUUGCCAUCUGUGGUUCGAGCAAAGUGCUCGUCUACCUGACACCCGGAUACAUUGGCCAAGGCAAAGGACGCCAAUUGUCUGGAUUUAAAAUUCACAAAAUGAUUCAGCCAGGACACGAAGAAUCGGUAUCGGUCGCUUGGAACCAUACAUCACAAUUAUUGUUGAUCACAAGCAAAGAUUAUUCAAUGCGAAUCUAUCCGAUUGAUCGAAAAAUCAGUGCAUUCGGUGAUCACAUCACACUCACUGCUCAUAAUGAUCUGAUAAUUGGUGCAUUCUUCUCUAAAAGCAAGCCAAAUCCAUUGAACAUGUACAGCAUUAGUCGAAAUGGUCAGUUAUUCGUGUGGGAUUGUAGUUGGACAGAAAUCGAUAAUGAUACAGCGGCCGAUAAAUUGAAUUAUAGAAUAGUCCAAAAGAAGUAUUUGUUUGAAGAUUUAAAGGAGAAAAACUCCGGCACUCGAAUCACAGCUUAUGGCUAUGAACCGAAAGCACGUCUCAUGGUUGUCGGAUACAAUGAUGGCCGAUUCAUGUUGUACGAUCUGGCCGAUAUGAUUCUCAUACACUCGCUGCAGUUGUCGAACAAAACGCCCAUUUCGACCGUAUCGUUCAAUGGCAAUGGAGCUUGGAUCGCUUUGGGCACUUGUCCUGGUUCCGGUAAUAAAUAUGACUUGGAUAACGAGGUUUCAACUCAAACACAAUUGAUUGUUUGGGAAUGGCAAUCUGAAUCGUUCAUUCUGAAACAAAGUGGCUAUUCGAAUAGUGUGACCAAUUCGUAUGAAUGUGUGGCAUAUUCACCUGAUGCUUCGUUACUCAUCACGGGCGGUACUGAUGGUCGUCUCAAAGUUUGGAAUCUUUUCACUGGAUUCUGUGUGUCAAUGUUUACUAGCGAGCACAAAGGACCGAUUACCGGGGUCGAAUUUGUUCCGGGCAAGGAUGGCAAAGUUUUCGUCACCUGUUCGUUGGAUGGAACCGUCAAGGCAUUCGAUCUGAACCGAUAUCGUUGUUUUCGAACAUUAGCUGCACCGAGCGAUUCGAAACCAGCUCAAUUCAUAUCGUUGGCCGUCGACAAAAUUGGCGGUGAUUUCAUAGCGGCUGGUUCACACAAUUUUUUCGAAAUAUUUCUCUGGUCACUCAAAACGGGCAGACUAUUAGAAAUGCUAUCAGGUCACGAGGCACCUGUUUCAUCUGUAAAAUUUUCGCCCAAUUCAAACACAUUGUAUUCUUGUUCAUGGGAUUGUACGGUGAGAAUAUGGAACCUGUUUGAAGGUGCCAAACAUACGAGAGAAGUAAUCAAACUUGGUAGUGAUGCCCUUUGGCUGGAUAUCCGCGAAGAUGGCCACGAAUUUGCUGUGGCCACAUUGAAUGGAACCAUAUCGUUUUAUGACGCUCAAUCUGGCGAUCAAUUGGGCAUCGGUAUCGAACAAGGCAAACAAGAUCUUGGCCGAUCACGGUACAGGGGUGAACAAGUGGAUGACAAAUAUAAAUACUUUUCAACGUUUGCAUAUUCUGUCGAUGGCCAAUAUGUGAUUGCCGCCGGUCGUUCGAAAUAUGUUUGCAUCUACAAUGUCAAGCAGAAACUGCUCGUAAAACGAUUCGAAAUUUCUAACAAUCUAUCGCUCGAUGGAUUCGCCGAAUUCAUCAGCAAACGAAAAAUGCAGGAAUUCGGAUUCGAUAUUGAUCGGAUCAAACAUCGGGAUGAUGAGUCAAGCUUUGCUCCGGUUGCUUUGCCCGGAGUGAUCAAAAGUGAUUAUGCUGACCGACAGCUGAUGCCAAUCAUUGCCGUUAUGCAGAUUCGAUUCUCACCAACGAUGCGUUCGUUUGCUUUGGCUUCCACUGAAGGUGUUCUCCAUUAUUCUGUGGACAAUACCACAUCGUUCAAUCCAUAUGAAUUGGAUACGUCUGUUACGAUUGAAUCGUAUCGAGAGAAUCUGAACAACAAACAAUACGCUCAAUCAUUGAUCCAGGCACUCAAAUUCAACGAUUGGAAUCUCAUUCAAGAGUCACUGGAAAACAUUCCAGCUGAUCAGAUAGGACUGAUCACAUCCACAUUAUCGUUAGCAAUGGUCGACAAACUGCUCGGCCAUCUGGACAAAGGAUUUGAAAAGACGGGUCAUUUUGAAUUCUAUCUUCGGUGGGUGGAAUCACUACUUACCCAGAAUGCAUGUGCCAUGAAAAGUUGUCUAUCCACCGAACAAACAACGGCAUUGCGACGACUGCAUCAAACAUUGAAAAGCAAACAUCAAGACCUCUCCAGAAUCGUUGAAUUCACCAAAUAUAACUGUAAAUUCAUGGCCAUCAUGGCUAAACAUGCUCAUCAGCAACCAAUGAUUGCUGAUGACGAUAAUCAGAUGGAUGUUGAUUUAUGAUUUAUGAUUAAUGGUUUUUUUCAUCUUUUUUUCAAUAAAUUGAAAUUCAUCACCAUUCUUUCA